AUGUCCGAGAAUUACUCCAGGUCAUUGUUGAGGGUCUCUGUGGCGCAGAUCUGUCAGGCGCUGGGCUGGGACUCGGUGCAGCUCAGCGCCUGCGAGCUCCUCACGGACGUGCUGGAGCGCUAUCUGCAGCAGCUGGCCCGCGGCUGCCAUAGGGCCUCUGAGCUCCAUGGUCGAACGUGCCCAACUUUGGAUGACCUUGCUGAAGCUUUCCAACUUAUGGGGGUUAGUCUGCACGAACUAGAAGACUAUGUUCACAAUAUUGAACCUGUUGCUUUCCCACAUCGAAUCCCUUCGUUUCCCGUUAGGAAGAACAAUGUACUUCAGUUUCCUCGACCUGGAAGUACAGAUGCCGACGAAAGAAAAGAACACAUCCCAGAUUACAUGCCACCCAUGGUGUCUUCUGGGAAAGAGAAAGGAGAGGAGCAGGUGCCCACGGGUGGGGGCGCCUCAGCAGGAGCCAGGCAGGUUCCCUUGGAAGAGGAUGAUGAACUAGAGGAGGAGGAAAUUCUGAACCAUGAGAAUUUCCUGGGUAAGAGACCGCUGGACAGCCCUGAAGCUGAAGAAAUGCCUGCCACGAAGCGCCCUCGGCUGCUGAGCAGGAAAAGGCACAGCCUAGAUGUCCUGGUGUUGGAAGCUCUAGAACCCCUCAGCUCAAUAAACACGAAAAGGGUCCCACCCAGGCUCCCUCCAGAGCAUGUGCAGGACAGCACAGACCUCACCCCUGUGUCUCCAGAGUCGCCCAUGUUGAUUGCAAUUGUAAAAUCACAACUGCCGACUGCAAAACCAUUGGAAACCAAGUCCUUUACACGUAAAACAAAGACUAAAAUUACUUCUCUAGGACAGAAGGCUGAGUCACCAGCAAUGGUCGGAAGUCCUAUUUGGCCACCAAAAAUGAUGUCCAAACAGAAGAAAUUACCGGGAUAUUGUAAGAGCCCCAAGGUUCUGACUCACAUUGCUCAGGUACACGUCAGACCAGAAACACCAACCAGGACUCCUUCAGCUGCAGUAAGUGAAAACGUCAGUAAAGAGGCUGUCCAGGUAAAGCAGACAAGAAUGGCUCCUGAUGCCAGGAAGCUGAGCAGUGAGAAUCAGCUGAAAGAGGCUGUGAUGACAGAUAAAACGAUCGGUGACUCUAUCCAUGCUGUGAUUGCACAUGCUUGUGCUGAAGGACAGCCAGAUCCUUUUGAACUCUCCUCUGAAUCAGAAUCCGAAGGAAACAUUUUUACCAGCCUCCAAAGAAUUUUCGGUUUGGAGUGCACCUCUCCAAAAGCCUCCACUUCCUCAAACAAUUUCAGGAAGUUAGGAUCCACUCCCCCGCCUCUUUCGGGUGGAACUUCCAGGUCCAAUAACUCCUGGACAAUGGACCCCUCCACUGCUGAGGUUGUGCGGAAAACAAAGCUGGGGAUGCCUUCAAAUACGCCUCCCAACUUUCCUUACAUCUCUUCUCCUUCCGUGUCCCCUGCCACUCCUGAGCCUCUCCACAAGGUGUAUGAAAAGAAAGGCAAGCUGCCCUCCUUAAUGGAGGUGAAGAAGAAAUUGAAAGAGUUGCUGAAGACUAAAAUGGAAAACAAAGAAAAGCAGAGAGACGGGGCCAGAGGAAAAGACAAAGAGAAGGAAAGUGAAGUGAAAGAGAAAGCAAAGGAAGGCGGCAAGGAAACCAAGUAUCCGUGGAAGGAAUUUCUGAAAGAUGAGGACUCAGCGCCCUCCAACUUUAAAACAACAGAAUUUGAAGAUGUUGAUGCACAAGUGAGAGUGAAAGAUGCAAUUGUGAGGAAGGAGAAAGAGGAGCAUAAAGAUAAGAAAAAAGAUAGAGAAAGGGGUAAAGAAGAUAAGGAGGAAAGAGAACAGGAGAAAGUUCAAGACAGAGGAGGAGAAGUUAAGGUGAAAGCAACACCAGCCCCUCUGGUUCUGCCCCAGAAAGAGAUGGCCGUGUUCAGCCCCGCUGCCACAGCCGGGGUCCCCGCCCUGCUGCCCUGGUCGGCACCAACGCUGCUGGGAAAACUCUCUGAGGAAAAAGAGAAACCUAAGGAGAAAGAAAGGAGAAAGGAGAGGCAGGAGAAGGAAGAGAAGAAGAGGGAGAAAGAAAACAGAGGAAGAGACAAGACAAGACAAGACAAGGAGAAACACAAGCAUGAAGAAAUAAAAGUGGAGCCAGUCAUGCCAGCCCGGACUCCAGUUAUCCCCAGAGUCACCUACCAAGACAUUGCUGGCCAAAACAAGAUUGUCAUCAGUGAAGUGGUUCCCACCCUGGAGGCUAAGCCGGCUGCCUCCCUGAACCGGCCCAGGACACUGCCCCUGGCAACCGUGGCCCCAGCCUGUGGCCCCUUGCACGUGGGCCCCGCACCUCCACUGCCACUCCUAGUGCCCACUGCCUGCCCAGCACUUCUACCCUCCUGGGGCCGUACGGUGGCCUGCAGUGCCAAGGCCCCCAUACGCAGCGUGGUGACCGAGACCAUCAGUAGUUAUGUGAUGUACGAUGAGUGGGACGAGCAGAUCUGGAUCUGCCCCGGGUGUAACAAGCCUGACGACGGGAGCCCGAUGAUCAGCUGUGACGACUGCAAUGACUGGUACCACUGGCCCUGUGUCGGAGUAACGGCUGCACCGCCGGAGGAGAUGCAGUGGUUCUGUCUCGAGUGUGCCAGUAAAAGGAGAGCAAAAGAGCACAAGGAGAGGAGGCACCCAGCACACUGA